UUGCAUUCUCUACUAAGCUAUUGUAAUGCAUUCUUUUUCUAUACACUCCUUUUCAGAGAAUAUUUAGUUGAACUCGUUGAGGGCGCCCACCUCUUUAUCAAUCUUCUAGUAGCCCAAGCGAAAUCUGCGGUGACCCUUAUUGUAUCGCGUCGUCAAAAGCGCCGUCACCGCAGUGAGAAAAGGCAUUUAAAGCAUGCGGCUCAUCGGGAGCGUCGAAAGGAGCUGUCGGAAGCUCGAAAACGGCUUUUAAAACGCACAAAUGCAACUCCUGAAGAACGUCGUGCUUUUUUGACACGUACCUGGGCUUCUCUCUCGUCUAAUCUUCUCUUGGCCUUUGGUAGCACCUCUAAAAAUGUGGCUCCUGAUGAGAUUCCCCAAUUGUUUGACCCAGCUGCUGUUUCUGCGGACGGUGAAUCGAUGGCCGCUCAACUGCGAAAUGCCAUUUGUUUGGUUUAUACUAAUCUCCAUGACAAACAAGCCGAGCGUGCUCUCGCUAUCGCCCGGGCCAUGUGGGAUAUUUGGCCGGAAGCAUCACCAAGCAAUGACGUAGUGGACGAGGACGAAAGGGAGGAGGAAGACGAUUUGACCAAAGAGAAGGCGCGUGCCAUUGAGGCGGGAUUGGAACAUUUACAAGUUUUGGAGUACUUGGCUUUGCGAAAAAUAUUUUUCCUCGAUUUGACAGCCGAAGAACUAGAGAUCACCAAAGUGGCGAUUGAAGAAGAGGCACGGAACAUUGAUGACGAGGAGGAGGAGUUAAUUCGUCAAGAGCUGGAAGACUCAGAUGCUGAGUGCAGUUUCAACGAAGUGGAGAAAGAGGUCGCUUUUGAUACUCAAUCUUUCCUCCUUCGUUUUACUCAUUCUCACAUCAUCCGU